AUGUCAUCCUAUGCCAAGUUCUUGAAGGAAAUCCUUUCCAAUAAGAGAAAGUUGGAGGAUUAUGAGACUAUUACUUUAAUAGAGAAAUGCAGUGCCAUUUUGCAAAACAAGCUAUCUCCAAAACUCAAGGACCCUGAAGGCUUUUCUAUACCUUAUCUCAUCAGCAACAUGAACAUAGACAAGGCCCUCUGUGAUCUUGGUGCUAGUAUGAGUCUGAUGCCCCUAUCAACAUGCCAAAAGCUGAAUGUUGGAGAGCUUAGACCAACUACCAUCUCAUUACAAUUGGCAAAUAGAAGAAGAUAUUCAGAUACCCAUUAUAUUGGGAAGGCCUUUUUUGGCAAUCGCCAGAGCUAUCAUAGACGUAAAAAUGGGCAGUUAACUCUCAAAGUAGGAGAAAAGGAAGUAGAACUCAACCUGUUCAGAGCAAUGAAAUAUAAAUUUGAUCCUAAUGAAUACUUGACGGUUAACAUAAUAGAUAAGCUAAUUGAAGAGGAAUUCUGA